AAAGAUUGAUGGGCAAUGACGCAGUAUACAGAAUAUAUGCAUAACGGCGACGUUUUUAAAGAUUGUACUGACGGAGUACUAACCAGGAUCUCCAAAAGUGACGCAGCCGCCGAAGGGCACAAGGAUAAUCUAUAUUUGGUCGGUUGCUUGUCGCAAUUUCCUAGCUUCACUGCACCGUCACAAGAAGUCAAGGAAAUGGAGGAGCUCCGAAAUUAUCCGGACUCCCAUAAGGACGUCGUUGAUGACGACCUCCCGCCAAUGCUGAGCUCCGAAACCCUUGCGGCACUCAGAGAGUUCCUGGCCGAGCGGAACCGGUCCCUCGGUGUUGAUCCCGACAUGGACAAUGAAGGAGCGUCUGAGGGGAAGGAAAAGGAGGUGGCUUUGCUUGCGGAGGACUGGAGGAUGAGCCAGUUCUGGUACGACCGUGAGACCGCCGAGACAGUGGCCCUAGAGGUCCUCACUCUCUGCGAGGCCUCCGAUUCUCCCGUCGCUUGCAUCGCUUGUCCCACUCUCUACGCCUAUCUCAAGAAAUUUGAUCAUAAGAUCUCAGUGCAACUUCUUGAGUAUGACAAACGUUUUGAGCAAUAUGGAAGUGAUUUCAUCUUUUAUGAUUACAACCAACCAGAAGAGCUGCCAUUGGAACUGAAGCAUGCUUAUGGCAUUGUGGUUGCAGAUCCUCCUUACCUGAGUAUGGAGUGUUUGGAGAAAGUCACUCGAACGAUUUCCUUUCUUUCUCGACCAGCAGAACCUCACUUGCUUCUACUUACAGGAGAAGUGCAGAAGGACAGAGCUUCUGAGCUUUUGGGUUUGCAUCCAUGUGGUUUUCGGCCUCGGCACACUAGCAAACUUGGAAAUGAGUUUCGGCUGUUCACAAACUAUGACCCCAAAGAUAGAUUAGGAGGCUGGGAGCGAGAGAAGGUUAUUAUGAUAUGGACCGGUUUUGCUAUGAAAGUGAAUGUCGGGCUACAGGAUGAAGUAUCAAUGAUCUAUCCAGAAUGUCAUAUAUAUGUUCACCCAGCUUAUUUUUCGAAACACUUUUCUGCGUUUCCCCUACCCAACCCCUUUACCUAAGUUAGUUUGAUUUUAAAUUUUAAUGUUGAACUUGUAAAUUAUCCCAAUUCCUGAAGCAAAAAUUUAGAGAAUGAAAUUCAUUUUAUUGGCUUC